AUGAUGGCUGGUCGUUCUCCCUUUGACAUCGUUGGCGCUGCUGGCGAUCCUGAUCAAAAUACCGAGGAUUAUCUUUUCCAGAUAAUUCUCGAGAAACAAAUCAGGAUACCUCGAAGUUUAUCAGUCAAAGCUGCUUCCGUUCUGAAGCAAUUCUUGAAUAAGGAUCCAUCAGAACGACUCGGAUGUAAAACGGACAUUGAGGAGUCGUUAACGGAGAUGAAAGAGCAUCCCUUCUUCAAAAACACUGUUGAUUGGGAAGCGCUGGAGCAGAGACAAGUUGCACCUCCCUACAAUCCAUCUGUGGAGAAUGAUCGCGAUCUGCAACAUUUUGACACCCAGUUCACAGAUGAAGCUCCAAACUUGACUCCUGAUGAUCCGAACGUUAUUGCAAAAAUAGAUCAGAGCGAAUUUGAUGGUUUUGAGUACGUAAAUCCGUUGCAAAUGAGCAAAGAGGACGCGGUCUAG